CGCACCGAUGAGCAGGCCAUGCUGUCCUCCAUCCUCGCCAAAACGGCCAUCAACAUCAUCGACGUGUCGGCAGCGGACUCGCAGGGCAUGGAGCAGCACGAGUACAUGGACAGAGCCAGGCAGUACAGCACGCGCCUGGCCAUGCUGAGCAACAACCUGACGCACUGGAAGAAGCUCCCGCUGCUGCCGUCUCUGACCAACCAACCGCACCAAGUGCUCGCCAGCGACCCCGUCCCCUUCGCAGACCUGCAGCAG